AUGACCAUGACAAUGUACAAUAUCAACAAAAAGAGCUGUCGGUUUUUAGUUGGGCUGCUGUUCAUGGCAGUGCUGGUGUAUCUGUUUCAAGCGGGCACAUUCAGCAAGAGCACAUUCAUGACAAAAGGAUCUUCAGAGACUACUAAUUUAUCGAAUUGGGAUGCCACCAGCAACAAUAGAAGCGCUCAGGUUGACAUCAUCCAGCAGCAACAGCGACCUAAUGAAAAGGCCUUUGUUACAUUCUUGUGUGAUGAUGUGAUGGGCGAGGCAACCGAAGUGCUGGUCUACUCUCUUAAACAGACCAACACCAAACAUGAUAUCGUUGUGUUGGUACUGGAUGAUGUGACACAGAUGGUUAGAAGCAGACUAGAAUAUCUUGGCGCAAAGAUCAUUAAUGUCGAUCAGAUCAAGUAUCCUUGGGAUUCCAGUUCCGCUAGAAGAAAAGGUUUCAACAAGGCCUGUCGAUAUUCCAAGCUAAAUCUAUGGAAUUUGACGCAAUAUGACAAGGUGGUAUUUUUGGAUGCAGAUACAAUGGUUGUGAAUAACAUCGAUGAACUCUUUGGCUAUCCUCAAUUCACGGCUGCUGUUGAUAUCGGUGGUGUAUUGAACACGGGUGUGUUUGUUGCUGAACCCAAUGCCGAGACCUACAAGGACAUCAUGGCUACUUAUGAGAAUGCACCCAGUUACAACAAGGGAGACCAAGGUUUCUUAAAUUACUAUUUUAAUCAGACAGCGAAUCCAUUGCCUGGUAAUUACAACUUGAUGAUCAAAUUUACCCAUUUCUCAACACUAGCCUCUGAGUUUGUCACCAAGAAUACUGUCAAGGUUUUACAUUUUACCAGCGAAACGAAGCCUUGGAAUUUUUACUUUUUGCAUCAACGUGAAUGGAGAGAGAAUUACGACGGAUACCUGUUUGGCUUAUGGACUCGAUCUCUUCGCAACAUGCGCUCUCAAUUGAUAGAAGGCGGCUUAUGGACAUCCACCAACGACUGGGAAAACAAGGGUCGUGUAGCAAACAUCUGUGAUCGCCGUCUCAAGAGCAAUUAUGGACGCAGAUACCCAAGAAAGAAUCAAUUCACUGUUAUCGUCACACUCAACAAGCCUUCCAUCAACAAGCAGUAUUUAGAGCAGAUGCUGCGCAUGUACGCAUCCUCCAAGAAGGUCCAUCAAAUAUUUAUCAAUGGAAACUCAAUCAAGGAUCAGCACGGCGAACGAUUUAGUUUGAAUCAAGCAUAUCUCCGUAGUCUGAAGCUUCGCAAGCCUGUCAAAGCCGUUGCUCGUGGGUCCUACAACACCGUGAAUUGGAAGUUCAGCCCUAUUCAAGGCAUUACCACUGAUGCCGUCUAUCUAGCAGAUGAAAAUAUCAUCACAUCACUUGAAGAUCUUGAAUUUGCCUAUGAUUUGUGGAAAAAAAAUAUGGAUUCCAUUGUUGGGUUCAAAUCAGAUGCCCACAGCCUACAAACCGCUACCAACAGCUAUACAUUUGUAGAAAAUGUUGAUAGUGCCAGUCGCUACAGUAUGAUCAGCAACAACAUGUUUUUGAAAUCUGACUUUUUGUACGGUUAUACGUGUAUCAUGCCCGAGGAAAUCCAUCAAUACAUCGAUACAUACCCAACAUGUCGCGAUAUUGCUAUCAAUAUGCUUGUGAGUGGACAAACUGGCUCAAGUCCCAUCUUGGUGAAGGCUGAUUAUGUGUUUGAAUUCGAAGACAACCAUCCUCAAACCAUUCGUCAACGCUCUCAAUGCAUCAACGAAUUGUCUGCCCUGUUCAACGGUAAGAAUCCACUCAACUUAAAUAAUGAGGUUGUGUCCAAGAUGUCGCCAGACCAAGUGAAUACACCAGCGUCUUGGGAUACUUGGGCUUCUAGUAUAGCGGCUAUCAAGGCAGAGAAGAAUUCAGCAUAA